AUGUCGUCGAAAGCCCAACUGAAGUCCAUAGCGGACUUGGUGAAACAGUCCAAAUGGGACGACGCAGUACAAAAGGCCACCGACUUUCUAGGGAACGAUCCCAAGAAUUAUCAAGCAAACCUGCUUCUUGCGUUUGCUCUGGACAAGAAGAGCAAGUUUGACGAAGCCGAAAAAGCCUACAGAGCAGCGGCGGCUCUCAAACCCCAGGACAGCCAGGCAUGGCAGGGUCUCAUCAAGCUGUUCGAGAAGCAGGGACCGCAAAAGAUCUCGGGUUACAAGCAAGCAGCUCUCAGCCUCGCCGAGAUUUGGCGUGACGCCGACGAGAUGUACAAGUGUCAAGACGUAAUUGACAAGUUCAUUGACUACGCACGAGCACACGGCGACCGCACACAAUACGUGGACGCCCUAGACCUCAUCCUGCCAGACAGUCCCAUCUACCCUGCCCUCGAAGGUCGCGUUGCCCACCCUGCCAAGACCUACGACACUAUGGCGCAGAUCAUUGAGACGGAUGAAAAGAAACGCAUUAACACGCUCAUUGGUGAAAGGAGGACAAGAAUAGGCGCUCGCGUUGCCGAGGUCACGCUCGAGGUCAAGCGUGAAGUGCUCGGCAGCAGCAAGCUCGCUCACGUAUACCAACAGCUCAUCAUCUGGAGCAGCGAUGACGAUGUUCGACGAAAGUAUGAGGAGAAGCUUCUCCAGUGGUGGCACACUAUGCUUCUCGUGUCGCCUCCUGGACCACAAAAAGCAGAGGCGCUGCAAACAGUUCUUCGGCUUUCUCUCGACAUGGUCAUUAUCAAGCACCCAUUCCAGCUCGCUUGGGAAAUUGCCAUCAACUGGAAAGACGGGCCCGAAAUACGCGACUGGGACGUCAACAUGCUGCGAGACUACUGCACCUUCUUUCCUGAGACGGAUCUGUACAAGGUCAUCACCGGCUAUCUGACGAGCUCAAUCUCUCCCUUCCCGAAGCCCGUUCCGACAGACAUGGAAGCCAGUGAGACUGAAGAUGAGAGCGAAGACGACGAUGGAGGCGGCGUGUCAAUGGUGCCACUGACCGAUGACGACCGGCUUUUCAUGAUGAUUGACGGCAUCGCGACUGCAGACUCGAUAUUUGCCUACCGUCUGAUGGGCGAAUACUACCAGCACCUCGAAGAACACGAAAGCAUUGUCGAGCUUAUGCGCAAGGCUCAGAAGCAUCUUGCUACCGAGCGCAUCAGGACUGGCGUGCCAUUCCACCACACGGGCGAUGCUUAUGCAUUGUUCUUGGGAACCGCCCUUGUCUUUUACCAAUCUCCUCGCCACCAUACGGAAGCCAAGUCUCUAUUCGAGGGCGUCCUGGCGCACGACCCAUCCUCGACUGCUGCACUGAUAGGCAUCGGUCUUAUCUAUGAGGAAGAGGAAGACUACGACGAUGCCGUCGACUUCUUGGAGCGGGCUGUGGGCCGGGACCCGAGCAACUUGCGCAUCAAGACCGAAGCAGCGUGGGUGAAGGCACUCAAGGGAGACUACGAACUUGCCCGUGCGGAGCUUGAGGCGUCACUGCCCUUGAUUGAGAAGAAGGGCCAGACUUCCAAGGAGCUCCUAGCUCUGACGCAGUACCGACUUGGUUCGUGCAUUUGGAACCUCGACACGUCCAAAGCGGCGCGCAAGAGUCGGACAGGAGCCUAUGCCUACUUCUUGGACGCUCUCAAGAACGACCUCAAUUUGGCGCCCGCGUAUACCAGCCUCGGUGUCUACUACGCUGAAUAUGCCAAGGACAAGAAGCGGGCAAGGCGGUGUUUCCAAAAGGCCGUCGAGCUGUCUUCGUCCGAAGUCACCGCCGCUGAGCGUCUUGCGCGUUCCUUCGCCGACGAAGGUGAUUGGGAUCGCGUUGAACUCGUUGCUCAGCGCGUAGUCGACUCUGGAAAGGUCAAGCCGCCGCCCGGAUCUAAGCGAAAGGGCAUCAGCUGGCCAUUCGCUGCACUCGGUGUCGCGGAACUCAACAAACAGGACUAUCACAAGGCCAUUGUGUCUUUCCAGUCUGCCCUACGGGUGUCGCCAGAGGACUAUCAUUCGUGGGUUGGCCUCGGCGAAAGUUACUACUCGUCCGGCCGGUACAUUGCCGGCAUGAAGGCGACACUGAACGCACAAAAGUUGGAGGAGACGAUCUCAGCCGACAAGCUUGGCGACACAUGGUUCACCAAGUACAUGCUUGCUAACAUCAAGCGAGAGCUAGGGGAGUACGAUGAGUCUAUUGUCCUAUACCGUGAGGUUCUUGACGGCAGAGUUGGCGAGGACGGGGUGGCCAUUGCGCUCAUGCAGACGCUCGUAGAGAAUGCGCUCGAUGGUGUUGAAAAGGGCUUCUUCGGCAAGUCAGUGGAACUGGCACUGGAGACCAUCUCCUUUGCAGCCAAAGCUGAUGACAGCGUCGUCAAGACAUUCAACUACUGGAAGACCCUGGGAGAUGCGUGCUCUGUCUUUUCAGCUGUGCAGAGCCGAGCGGCAGAUUUCCCGGGCGAGGCUGUCACGGCAAUCAUCGAAAAGGGGGCCGAAGAUGCCUACGCCCUCUUGGCCGACAUCGAUCACGUUGAUGCCACUGUUGUCUCUGCCAAGGGUCUGUUCUCCGAGGAUGAGAGGCUCGGUGUCGACCUGACGAGGUGCAUUCAUGCGACGAUCCUCUGCCACAAGCGAGCUAUCCACGAGUCGGCGACCGACAUACACGCGCAAGCCGUAGCGUACUACAACCUAGGCUGGGCCGAGCACCGAGCCCACAUCUGCCUGCCCUCCAGCAUCAGGAAGAAGUCGAGCGUCUAUCUCAGGGCUUCGAUGCGCUGCUUCAAGCGGGCCAUCGAGCUCGAGGCCGGCAACUCGGAAUUCUGGAACUCGUUGGGUGUCGUUACGAGCGAGAUCAGCCCGGCCGUUGCGCAGCAUUCCUUCGUCCGCAGCGUUCACCUUAACGAGAGGAGCCCUGUGGCGUGGGCUAAUCUUGGCACUCUGGCCUUGCUGCAGAACGAUGUCAGGCUCGCCAACGAAGCAUUCACGCGGGCGCAAUCCACGGAUCCCGACUACGCACACGCGUGGCUGGGCCAGGGCUUCGUCGCUCUGCUGCUCGGGGAGCCAAAGGAAGCUCGCGGCCUGUUCACGCACGCCAUGGACAUUGCAGAGUCAUCGUCUGCUCUGACGCGGCGGCAGUACUCUGUGGCCAUAUUUGACCACAUUCUCACGACGCCUCUCAACUUUACCAUCUCGUCGCUCAUACAGCCCGUGUUUGCACUGAGCCAGCUGAACAGGCUCAAGCCCCAGGAUCUCGCCUAUGGGCACUUGUCGAGCCUCUUCAGAGAGCGAACACGGGACAACGCGCCUGCCGUCGCCGUGCUGGAAAAGAUCUGCGGCGUACUGGAGACCGACUACGAGCUGACCGAGUCGGCUCAGUCCCUCGCGCGUUUCGCUCUCGCCAGGACGGAUCUCGCUCGACUGUACCUGGCCGCCGGCUCCUACGAGCAAGCCAUUGAAUGCGGCGACCUGGCGAUCCAGCUCAGCAGCGACGAGUCGGACAACGAACUCACCAUGGACGAGCGCAAGAAGGCGCGGCUCUCAGCCCACCUGACGGUCGGUCUGGCGCAAUACUACAGCCAGGACAUGGCCGAGUCGCUGCGCUGCUUCGAGGCGGCGCUCAGCGAGUCGGACAACAACCCCGACGCCGUCUGCCUCCUGGCGCAGGUGCUGUGGGCCGCCGGCCGCGAGGACUCGCGCGAGAGGGCGCGCUCGGCGCUGUUCGAAGUCAUCGAGGCGCACCCGGACCACGUCCCGGCGGUUCUGCUCCUGGGCGUCAUCGCCCUGCUCGACGAUGACGAGGAGUCGGUCGAGGCCGUCGUUGCCGAGCUGCAGGGUCUCCGGACCAGCGACAAGGUGCAGCCGUCGGAGCACUCGCAGCUCGGCGCGGUGCUGAGCGCCAUUGCCGCGCUCGGCGCCGACGCCGCUGAGGAGGAGGGCGGGGAGGUCCUGACCCAGGCGCAGACGGACAUUAUGCUGUACCCCCACCUGCCGCACGGAUGGUCGAGGCUCGCGGAUGCCGGCGGCGACGACUACGCAGCGGAUACGGCACUGCAGGUGGCGCUGAAGGCGGUGCCGCCACGGGGGACGCUCGAGGCGGCGGACCUGGCGAGGGCGUACGCCGGUACGGGCAAGGCGGCGGAUGCGCAGAUUGCCAUCCACCUGGCGCCGUGGGCUAGGGAGGGAUGGACGGCGUUGCGCGAUGCUAUUUCGGCUUGA